AUGUCUCGAGUGACCUGUGAUUUCCGAACUGACAUGCCCACUACCUGGGAUGUUGCUAUCUUCGCAGCACUUGGUAUCGAUAUCGCCACAAACCCGGCAGAUCAACGCGCCGUCCUCAACUUGAUUCGAGAGAUCUACAAUCCUAUGUUGUACGAUGCUUUUCAAUGUAAUUGCCACUGGAAGGCAAUGUUCAGAGGUAAGAGAACGGCUGAGAUUAAGCGAAGGUUUACCGCUAGACAUGCGGAGUUGCCAGCUUCAACUCGUGCUCAUGUCGCAGAUCCUGUCGAGCUUACAGAGCGUAUGUGGGAUGUUCUCCGAUUUUACCGCUUCACUGACCCCACAUGGAGAAUCCUAGAUCCUGCUUAUCCUACUGCUUUCACCGGCGCUCCCGGUCCUGCUGGCCCUGCUCGGGCUCCUGCUCGGGCUCCUGCUCCUGUCCCUCUUGCUAGUAGACGUCCUGUUAGGGCUGCUGCUAUGUCUGCUUCGGCGGCAAUUGCUCUGGAUGCUGCUGGCAAUUCUCAUAAUAAUGCUAAGAAGGCUCGUACUGGGGGUAAUAGUAAGUCUCCUAAGGCUAAGAAGGGUCCUGCCAAGGCUGUCCCUCCUCCUCCUGUCCUUGCUCCCCUUGCCCCUGCUCCUCUCCCAGCUCCUCUCCCUGCUCCUGCCCCUGCUCCUGCCCCUGCUCCUGCCCCUCUCCCCGUGAUUGCUCCUGCCCCUCUCCCCGUGAUUGCGCCUGCUCCUCUCCCCGUGAUUGCUCCUGCUCCUAGUCGAGCUUCGGUUGCAGCUCCUCCUACUACGCCCGUUGGUAUACGACAAGAUAUUCCUACUCCUCGAUCAUCCUCCCGACCCACAUCUCGCCGCCUUCACCCUCCUGUACCUUCCCCUCCCCCUCCCCCUCCCCCUCCCCCUCCACCCGCUCCCGUAGUCAUCCCUCCCAUUAUCCCCGGCCCUGUCCCUGUCGCAUUCACAGGAAUUAAAUCCACAAAUCCCGCUCCAGUGAUCCUUCCACGUGCCCAACCCACCGAAUUCUACGUCCCUGGCUCUGUGGCUGGCUAUGUACCAAGGCACAACGAGGCGCCCGCUUUUAUGUCAGUUCCACCUCCGCCUGGUAUUGUCCCAGAGGUCUUGGACAAUUAUAUCAAACUUGCUAAUCGCAAGCGGAGUUAUACUGAAGAGAGCGGACAGGCUCCCCCGCCGCAAAAGAAAGCACGCACGGCUAGCUCGAUAAAAGGUAAGGCCGAAUGGACGACUUUUACUGCUCUGAGUGACUCGGAUGGUAAGAGUGAUGACGGAGCUAAGAGUGACCGAAGUGUGGAUGCUGAUGGUGAUAUUAAGAUGACUGAUGGUUUUAAGCCUUAUAAGGCUGAGGCUAAGCCUGAACCAGAGGCUAAGGAUUGGACUAGUACCAUGGCGGGUUAUCUUAAUAUUUUUGGUCGUAGGACGCCUGAUAAAGACCGAGCAGAUAUCUCUGAUGUUGAAAUGAAGGAUGCUGGGGAUAGUGAUAAGGAGAGUGAAGAUGAGGAUGAGAAGAGUAAGUAUGGGUUUGAGAAUGAGGAUCAGUUUGAGUUCCAGUACGAGGAUAAGGUUGCGGGUGAGGAUGAGGAUGGGGAUGAGGAUGAGGAGGAUGAUGAGGACGAGGACGAGGAUGAGGAUGAGGAUGACGGUGAAGAUGGUGAUGAUGGUGAUGAUGAGGAUGAGGAGGAUGAGGAGCAGGGGCAAGUGGAAUAG